GGCAGGAGGACUGAUUAUAAUUUGGGUCUACAUAUUCUAUUGUCGUCGCCUCGUCGGUAGUCUCUUGCAAUUUUCAGUCGCCACUCAACUGUCUCUAGCGGGAAGUAGAUUAUAUUAUAAACUAAUAAAUCAUAAAAUUUGUCGUUUUUUCUGUAACCGAAAACCACACAUAUUUGUUAGGAACAUUACCAAAAAAAAAAAAAAAAAAAAAAAAAAAAAAAAAAAAGAAAACCACACAUAUUUCAUGAUUCAGAUUUUAAUCGUCAUAUUAUCGUUCAUUCAAAUUCUACCAAAAAUGAUUAUUGUUCAUUCGAGUCUUAGAUCAAACAAAUCUAUCCCACUAUGCCAGGCAAAAAUUUAGAACAUAGUUUCAAAUGACAAUUUUGGGCUUGAUGUUUCAGUUGUGCUAUUAAACCCUAAUGUUUUAUGGAAAUUUUGUUUUCAUUUUCCUUUGUUGUUAUGAUUUGAGCAGCUUUUGAGCGUUAAAACCCUUAGAUUUCAGUGUGAUCUCUUUCUUCUUUUCGUUCUUCUAUAACAUUUCUGUAUCUCGGAUCUUAUUGUAUUUCGGAGUAGAAUCUGGAUUCUGUUCCUCGGAACCCUGAGCAGUCCUUCAUUCAAAAAAUUGUUUCCCCUUAAAUCCUUGAUCUCGUACUCGAGAUUUACCUGCGUAGUUCUCAUUGUUUAUAGUGAUGUCUCUGAAUUUUUUUCUUUUUUAAAUGAAAAAUCUCUCUGAACUGUUUAAUUUGUUCUUAUUUCUGCAUUUUCGGAGCUAUUUUUCUUUUAAUUGUAAAAUUUAUGUUCUUCUAUCUAGGUUUUGAAUAAUUAAGCUAUUUUUUGCUUUUCGUUCUCUGUUUUUAAUUGGAGAGGUUCGGCUGUUAGAAUCGAUGGCUGUGCCUUAGUUGUCUGACGAAAAUAAAUGGUCCUGAAGAUUGUCUAACUAUGGAGUUAGCACAGAGUGCUGCAUUCUUCGGCUUUACUCGUAAGUGUAUUCCUGGGGAAGGGGAAUGGAGAAAUCUUUAUAGCCAUUCCAAUUCUCGGCAGGAGCGUGGAACAAUCUGUAAGAAGAGAAGAAACGCACUGAGCGUUAGGGUAAUUAAAGAAAUCUCUGAAAGUUUCACAAGAUCAUUGGUUGUCAAAGCAAGUGAUGGGGGAGUGGAGGUGGAGACUGCAGUAGUGGAGAAGCCCAGAGUGGGAACUUUCGAAGUAGACAGGGGCAGUCCAAUACCUUUCGGUGCCAUAGAACAAGAUGGUGGAGUGAAUUUUGCAAUUUACUCUAGCGGUGCAAAAUCAGUUACCCUUUGCUUAAUCAGCCUCUCAGAUUUACAAGAGAACAGAGUGACUCAGCAGAUCUCCCUUGAUCCACUAAGUAACAAGACCGGUGAUGUUUGGCAUGUGUUUUUGAAGGGAGAUUUUGAAGAUAUGCUGUAUGGCUACAAGUUUGAGGGGAAAUUUUCUCCUGAAGAAGGGUAUUACUUUGAUCCUUCUCGAAUUAUGUUGGAUCCUUAUGCUAAGGCAGUUAUAAGCAGAACAGAGUAUGGUGCCCUUGGCCCUGAAGAUAAUUGCUGGCCUCAAAUGGCUGGCAUGGUACCCUCUCAAGAUAGAAAGUUUGAUUGGAAGGGAGAUUUACCUUUAAAAUAUCCUCAGAAGGACCUUAUAAUCUAUGAAAUGCAUGUUCGUGGCUUUACAAGGCAUGUAUCGAGCAUGACUAAAUUUCCUGGGACUUAUCUUGGCAUAGUGGAGAAACUUGAUCACUUAAAGGAACUUGGAAUCAACUGUAUAGAGCUGAUGCCAUGUCAGGAGUUCAAUGAGCUGGAGUAUUACAGCUACAAUUCUGUUUUGGGUGACUACAAGCUGAAUUUUUGGGGAUAUUCAACUGUCAAUUAUUUUUCACCAAUGACAAGAUACGCCUCAUUGGGCAUCCUCAACUGUGGCCGCAAUGCAAUAAAUGAAGUCAAAGUUCUUAUCAGAGAAGCUCAUAAACGAGGAAUCGAGGUAAUCAUGGAUGUUGUGUUCAAUCAUACAGCUGAAGGCAAUGAAAACGGUCCUAUAUUAUCAUUUAGAGGUGUUGAUAACAGCGUCUAUUAUAUGCUUGCACCAAAGGUAGAAUUCUAUAAUUUUUCAGGUUGUGGCAAUUCUUCACCUGGAAUCUCUGGCCUAACCGAGAAGAACUGA